AUAGGCUCAUCGACGCAGGCGGCUCGUCCCAGUAUAGCUAUUGUACCUCACAGCACAGCAUAAAAUAACAUAAUACAACGCGACACCAAGACAUAGUCGCAUUAGCUCUCUGAUGAUCCUGGUAGUCUUAUUAGCGGCAAUGACGCCCGUGAGACAUUGACGUACGCCGCCUUUUACACACCCUUAUCCCUCAGACGCUCGGUGAGGCGUAAGGAAGAGGAGAAGAAAAAAAAGACGCCCGCAGCUCUUUGAUUACCGCAGCUGUUACUACUGCUGGCUCUCGUUCUGUUGUACACAUAGAGGCGUCUGGACCUCGUACACACACCGGUGACAAGAUUUCGUUUAACACACCUCCGUCUUCAUACGCUCCCUUACGGAACGUACAAUGAAUAAUCAUAAUAUCAGAAAGCGCCGGCCCUAUGGCCACGGGGAUCCCCCGGCAGUGCCCGUGCCCUUGGAUCCCUCGUACUCACCCUCUACUUCUAUUCCUUCAUCUCAUUCGGAGGGCUUCUCCGUCCAGGAUCUACAUAUACUCCAGCAAGCAGCAUCCAUAUUAAAUUGCCAUGUUUCCCAGUUGCUAGGACUUAAUAGAAGCUCUCAUCCGCAGCAAUACCCACCCUCUUCUAUCUCAUCUAUACCAUAUCCAAUUUCAUCGAAAAGACAACGUCUUAGUGCAGACAUGACACCGGCAUCCCCUCAGGAGAAGUCCUCGCCACCUACGCCCCCCGUCCAAGAUGGCUCUGACCGACCCCGUGCCCCCGAGGUACCAAAUAAUGGUUUCUCUAUGGGCAUAGAUCGCUCCCGUCUGGCGCAGUACUUUUCAACCUUCUCUGUCUGCUCGCCCUGCACAACCUGCGAACCCCAAGUCUACGGCCAAAUCCCGGCCACCUCGCCUUAUUCUUAUGCCCCAGCACGGCAAUAUUUCGAUGACACCCCAUCGAUGAUGUCCAAUUAUCCUAUUCUGCAGCCGAACCGACCUAUGACAAUCCAGCCUUCUACUAGCGGCGAAGGUAUGGUAUAUCCAGAGUCCGUGUCCGGCCAGCAGUAUUUUACUCAGCCAGACUUUCGCCCGGAUUUACCUAGUCCUAUGACGAAUGACAUGAUGGGAGCUCAGCACCAUUACACCCCGUCGUCUUUAAGACAGAACAGCACAGCCGAGGAUGUCCUACCUCAAGAAGUAGAUAGAACUCGGACUGCCAGUAAGACUCGUGAGUUGGACAUCUUGCAUCCAAAUCAACGCCCCCCGGCUGCGAGAAGAGGCCCGUUUAGAUCAAAUGAAAUACGGCAGGAAACUGCCGAAACGAGACGAAUAGGUUCUUGUAUUAGGUGCCGUAUGCAGAGGAUCCGCUGUGAAAUCAAUCCUGAUGACAAGCUUGGCACGUGUAAAACGUGCUUGAAGGUAGCUAACAUGAAGGUGUGGCGAAUGCCUUGCCUUCGUUACAAGAUCACCGACGUGAAGUUGUUCAAGCCGGGGAACGUAAAGGGGUACGAAUGGACACGAAGGUGGAUUGAGGGUAUCCCAGACGACAUAUCGCAAUGGGAAUCAAUGGAUAUAAAAAGAGUCAAGGUCACUGAAGGCUACACUAACCAACCUAUAGAGCUCCGAGUCCGUCGAUUCAUCCCCCAAGAAGGUGACAAGCUUGAGCGAAGUUGGGUUCACGACGGUAAUAGGAAAAAUGUCAACAUACCUCCUUAUGCUAUCGUGAAUCUUGAAGAAGCGAAAAGCAUCUAUAUCGAAUACAUCAGACAGGGAUUGCCUGAAUGCUGCAAGAAGGUACUCUUAGGCAAGGAUAGGCUAUUAAUUGCAACGUACGGUGCCGCAAUCAAGGCCUCAAGAGAUCAGGCGAUCGAUCCCAAGGAAAGUGCACUUCUCAAGAAAGCACUCCAGUUGUGGAUGGCUAUUCGAUUGACAACAAAAUCGACCAUUAUUGUUGGGGAUGAAACGUUGGGGAUGCCUCUCGAUAUCAUGGAUGAUACAAGCCCACUUCGAGGAUGUAUCCCGUUGCCGCCGGUAAUGGGUGCGCAAAUCGAGUUGGUCCUCAUUCACCAAAUCCAAUCUAGCCUUCGUCGGGAGAUGUUAGAAAACUUACAGACGAUGACGCAAGCAAACAAACACCAAACAUGGUUCACGACAUACCUUAUUACCUUCAUCUUGCUCCACAACGUAGCCCUUCUCUGCCAGCACGACGCCGGAUAUGCUCGUAAGCACGGCAUCAAGUUGCAGAGUCGAUUCGCGAGAGAAGAGAUGGUGAGGGAGUACCAGAUGGGUGCGAAUAUCCUGCUGGCGUAUUUUCAUUACUGUAAUAAAAACAUAUACCCAUUCUCCACGAAAUGCAAGGAGCAAGAUCUGUCAACGAUAGCCGAGCUAGAUGAGACCCAGAUUAAGCUCAUUCAGUUCACAAGGUCAAACAUUGAAAAAUAUAAGAGGCACUGGGCGAAAAUACGUCAAACAGAGGAUUAUGAAAACGAUUUCUAUUACAUCAGCCAGAUGUAUGAGGAGAACUGGACACCGCAAUCGACGAUCUGAAUCCAUUACCUAGUAGUAUGGCGGAAACUCUAAAAGGUGUAUAGGCGAAACCUCAAGUUGAGACUAAUGAAAAAGCAUAUACGAAGAAACUUGGAAACUCAAACAUUACCUAAGUUGAACUUGCAUUGCGUUUACGGAACUUCGACUGUAUGCUGGUGCAGCAGUAUGCAUCAGGGACGGAAGCUGCACGCACUCCUAUUCGCUGGAAUUCGCUAGGUACUGCUCCAGGCCGUCUAGGUUGGUCAGUGACGAUGAUCUAUAAUCUACUAGGUACCUACCCACCUACCUAGUAACCAAUGCAGCUUCCCCUGGAAUAAAAACAAGAAAAGAAAGAAAGAACAUUGAAAUGAAGGAAGGAAGAACUGCAAGCAUGGACGAGACAUACGCACUGAUAAAUAGCUAUAAAGUUUGAGCUCGAUCGAUGUUGCCGUUAUAUCAAAGGCUGGAAGCAGCUCUGCAACGGUCCGGUCCUCCCGCAUGAAAAAUACGAGCCGUCCUACCUAGGUACCUAGUAGGUAUGCACCAAGGAUGCAAUAUUCCUCUGGUUGAAGCGAUAUCGAAGA